CCCUCCUCCGCCUUUGCGAUCACAAAUCCAGGACCUCUCACUAUCUCUGGCGUCACUGUCAAUGAUUUGCAGGGUAACUAUCCCAACUCGCGAAGUGGAAACACCGCUGCUGCACACAACACCGACGGCUUUGAUAUUAGCGGUAGUGAUAUACUCAUUCAGAAUUGGCAUUUCUUUUUGCAGGACGAUUGUUUAGCUAUCAACGGGGGAACAAAUAUCACAUUUGCCGACAACUACUGUGAAUACGGUCACGGUAUCUCCAUUGGCUCCAUCUCGUCAAAUGCCGUCGUCUCCGAUAUCGAGAUUAUCGGAAACCAUGUUGUUAGCAGCGCAUACUCCUUCCGUAUCAAGACCGAUGCAUCUACGACAAACAGUAUAGUGAAGAAUGUUACAUAUAGCGUGAGACAAUACUGCAACCAACUGUACCGGUUUGGCGUUCUGAUAACUCAGAGCUAUCCCACUAACCUGGGUACCCCGGGCAACGGGGUCAUCAUCUCU